GGAUAGUUCAAGGGAAGGACAGAUUAUGGGAGAGAAAGUGGGGGUCCCAAUUUCUGGCCAGGAGGAACCGGCUUCAUCAAUACAAAGACUGGAUAUUGACAAUGAUAAUGAACAAGGAAAUGGAGAACUUAGUAGUCAUCGAAACAGAACUAGUGAUACAAUGCAUAGUGAUGAGAGCAAGGGAGGAGGUGUUGAUGAGGAGGAAGAGGAGUAUGGACCUGUGCUUCCACCACCAUCAUACCUUCCCCAGGAGUGUUCCUCGAUGCAUUCUGAAAGGCAGGAUGAGAGUUUUACAGAGAGAAGAAAAGGAAGAGAUGAAGAGAGGAGGAAGAGGGAAAAAAAGAGUAAGAAGAGGAAAAAUGAACAUAAAAGUAGGGACAGAAACAGAGACAGGAGCAGAGACAAAAGCAGAGAUAGAAGCAGAGACAAAAGUAGAGAAAGAAGCAGAGAUAGAAGCAGAGACAGAAGUAGAGACAGAAGCAGAGAAAGAAGAAAGGACAGAGAGAAGCAUUCCAAAGAAUCAUCAAGUCGGAGGAGUACACAUCGUGAAAAGAUAAAGAAGUCAAAACACAGACAUGGGGAUAAGCACAAACAUAGCCAUCACAAGUCAUCAAAGGAGAGGAAACACAGACAUGCCUCUUCUUCAGAUUAUGAUGGAAGCCUUAGUAGUGACAAUGGGAAAUAGAACCUAGGGCCUUUUCACAUGUGAAUCUUGAAUCAUCAUUGUAAUGAUGAUUGCAAUUCAUCUUUAGAAUCAUCGGACCUUUCACACGCUCACUCAAAAAUUGUGAUUUGAGUGAAACUGAACUGGAAUUCACCUCCGUAGUAGAAUUUGAAUUCAUGAUUGCGAUUAGCGUUCGUGAUUCUAAUCAUGUUUUGGUUUGGUUUCACACAUUUUAAAAAUUUGUCAUUAGCCUUAUUUUCCACUGUAAUCAUCAUUCAAAUUACGAUUUUUUUUUUCCGUGUGAAAGGGCGGUACAUAUGACACUUGUAAAGCUUUUACAUGUAGUUCCUCCUGCACUGUGUUGUGCAUUGGCCAGCAAGAUGUCGCCAUCUUGGUUGGUCAUUUGCACCCUGUUCAACCCUGAAAGAUUGGUAUUCAGGUUACGGGCCUCAAAGUCCUUGAGGAAAGUCCAGCACCAGGUGUGCUUGGAGUGGUCUCUUUUCUAAAUCUGAGUCCGACUGGGCUGUCCACCAGUGCCCUUCCAAUGAUGGCGGACACUGUUGCAAAUUUGUCCAUACCCGAUGGACCGCUAAAUAAAUACAUAAGAAAUUCAGUGUCGCCAAAGAUUGAAGUUUAGGCCUAUAUUUCCUUUUGUACAACGCCUACUUAGCUUGUUGUACGCGAGCAAAUGGGAUGCUGAAUGUCAAACAUUUGUACCGUUGCACACGUCGUACCAUGCAAAAUGUACCCUUGCACGGGUCAGGAAAAGGUGACGUCACUAUAAUGAUAUAAUUCAACGCAUUGCACGCGGUUAGUAAAUGCAGGUGCAAUACGCGUAGGGCUUACUGGCUGCAUGCGCAUUGCUGCUGCUGCAAAUCAGAUGCGUGUUUUAGGGAUUUUCCUUUUGCUUUUAAAAUUUUCUUUAUUUUCAUAAAUUAAUGUAGGAAAAUUGAUUAUUGUUCGUAUUUUCGUUAACUUCUGAGGCAUUGUACAACACAAACAGCGAAUAUUCAUAUUUGUGCAGUGGUGUGGCAUUUUGUAUUCGGUGAAAAAAGGGACACUCUAUUCAACUCGACUAAUGCCUCGUUGAAUAGAGCAUCUUUCUUACACCUUAUGCGAAAUCUGGCACCAUCGCACUCAUGCCUAUUCGCUAUUUGUAUGAUCAAGAUCUAUACAUCAAAUUUUUCACAUGAUACUUUUAUUGCCAAACCUUGAUCAACCAAGUAAAGUUAUGACAACAAUUGUACAAAGCAGGAUUUCUCAUUUUCUUGCUUGUACUUAGCAUCCCAAACCGUUAUAAUCCCGGUGUGUAUGCGCAGCCAUAUUGUUCUGUUUGCAACCAACGAACGUAGGGGGCACGAACACGUUGCAGCAUAAAUGCGACAAAACAAACAGAACUACAUGUAGGAAGCGCAAUUCUUUGUGAAACACCCCCCUGGCCAUGUAUGGAUUAGUAAUGUUACCAACACAGGCAGAUAAGAUAAGUAUGACAGUAGUUAUCCAUCUGCUACAGUUAUAUCUGCAUUUAAAUUAUUUUCAUGAGCCAUUGGAUGCAAUUCAUUAUCAUUGUUGAUAUGCUGUGAUGUCUUACAUGUAUGAUAUGGAAAUGUUUAAGUCAAGAAGCAAUAUCAUUGAUUAAUAAAACAACUUUAUUUUUAAGAAUUACAAAAAGAGAGUGAAAUUGACCCAUAUUUUUGUCAAUGAAUCUGUAUCAUAACAUUAUUCAGUUCUUAUAUGACACAGUAUAAUGCGAUAUAUAUAGAGUCUUGGCUGGUAUUAAUUCAAAACUUUGAGUAAGGUAAUACAGUAUACUUAGCAUCUUUCUUUUCUUGGAAAGUGCUGCUCAAACUUGUAUUCAAAUCAGUUCCAAGGAUUUUGCAUUAGCAAGCUGACAUUGGAACAAAAUGCAGAUAAUGGUUCUGUCUUAGCCAUAGGGAAAAAUAUUUAAUCUAAUUAUUCCUGGUUAAGUUAUUUUACCUUCUCAUAAAGAUUGAAAAUACUUAAAAUUAUGGCUUCAGUUUUGAAUUGAAUACUAGCCCUUUAAACAGAAACUAAAUAUUUUUGGCUUACAUUACAUUUAUAAGGAUACUUUUAUGCCCCCCUUUCUCUCCUUCAAAGAUGUGCUAACUGAAUACAAGGUUGUCUAUCCAUGCUGUUCUACUUUUAAAGGAAAAUGAAACCCUUGAAACCAACUGAACUGCUGAAAUCAGAAAAAUGAAAGAAACAGAUAUAUAUGAGUUACAGAAAAAUUGAAUAUUUAAAAAUAAAGUUUUGAGCAUUUGGAUGUUGAGAUCACUGAGGCUAUGGGGUUCUUCCAAUUGGCAAUAUCAUCAAGAUGUGUAAUGUUAUAUAUGAACAUAUUCCCCAUUUUUGUACACAUUUAAAUUACGUUGUUUACUAUAUCAAUUCAGUAAUACACGGAGAUCAUGUGUUCUUUCUGUGGGAUGACACAGGUUUCACAAAAGUACAUUAUGGAGAAGGGUUUGUACUAUUAUUAGAAUGAAAAAAGAUUCCCUUUUUUCAAUUAUUUUUUAAUAUGGUCCCUCAAAGGGAGAGUUGUGUAUGUGUGACAUCACACCUCUUGGCUGCUUUGCCAAUUUGAGGAUCUCCAUAGCAUUAUUCUUAAUGAUCCAAAUGUUCAUAAUUUUCUUAAUAUGUUAAAUUUUAUUCAAACUUUUGAUCUGUUAUCAGUGAUUUUAUUUUCUAUGUACAGUAAGUCAUGUGGUUUCAAGAAAUUAUUUUUCUAUAGUAGUCUCAUGAUCAUAUUGAUAACAUUCCCCAAAUAAAUCUUAAAUCAAAACUUC